AUGGACGCGCUCGCCGCGAACCGCGCGGCGAGCGCGAGCCAGGCGACGACGUCGCUGACGCGCCGGGCGUGCCGUCGUCAUCUUCAUCGUCAACCCUCGUCUCGCCGUCGCUCGGCGCGGCUCGGCGCGGCCGCCGCGGACGCCGCGAGCGGCGCGAACGACGUGACGCUCGCCGACCUCGAGCACGUCGCGCGCGCCGUCGAGCUCGCGGGCGAGUCCGACGGCCUGACGCAGCCGCACCCGAAGAGCGGAUGCGUCCUCGUCGCCGCCGACGGCGGCGUCGUCGCGGAGACGUUCCAGCUCGGGCAAGGCGGCGCGCGCGCCGAGGUCCUCGCCGCGGACGCCGCGAACGGCGGCGCCGCGGGGGGAUGCGCGUAUUUAAACCUCGAGCCCGUGCACGGGAACGACGCGGGCGAGGACGCGGGCGUGAACGCGCUGCAUCGCGCGGGGGUGACGCGCGUCGUGAUCGGCAUCGCGCAUCCGAUACCGGGGACGCGUCACGCCGCGGUGGACGCCCUGCGCGCGCGCGGCGUCCACGUCGUCGUCCUCGGCGACGACGACCUCGACGAGAGGGAGGAGGAAGCGAAGCAGCGCGGAGAGGCGGCUCGCAACCGCGCGUUGCUGUACCGCGUGGCCACGGGGCGACCGUUCAGCGUCCUGAAGUACGCGAUGACGGUCGACGGGAAGAUCGCGACGACGAGCGGGCACUCUUCGUGGGUCACCGGGCCGACCGCGCGAGGGGCGGUGUGGGCGGAGCGCGCGCGGAGCGACGCCGUCGUCGUCGGCGGCUCGACGGUGCGGAGGGAUAACCCUAACCUCACGACUCGAAGGAAGGACGGGCACCUCCCCGCGCGGGUGGUUCUGUCGCGGACGAUGGACCUCCCCGGGCCGAGGACGAAUUUGUGGGACACGUCGGAGGCGCCGACGAUCGUGAUGACGCGGACGGGGGCGAGGCCGGAGUUUCAAGCGCAGCUCCGCGAGCUCGGCGUGGAGGUGAUCGAGUUCGACGAUUUGACCCCGAGCGCGGUCGCGGAGUACUGCGGGAAGCGCGGGUACUUGCAGCUGUUUUGGGAGUGCGGCGGCGGCCUCGCCGCGCCCGCGUUGAACGACGGCGUCAUCCAUCACGUCAUGGCGUUCAUCGCGCCGAAGAUAAUCGGCAGCUCCGGCGGCCCCGCGCCGUCGCCGGUGGGGGAGACCGGUCUGGAUCUCAUGACGGACGCGAUGACCCUGCGCGGGCUCGCCCUCUCCACGCACGGGCGGGACGUUUUACUGAGCGGGUACCUCCCGGCGGUCAACACGUCUGAGGAGGCGGACCCGUGGACGGAGGACCCGAUCGCGGUCGUCGAGCGCGCCGCGAGCGCGAUGCGCGCGUCGGACGCGAAAGAGGUGAGGUUCUACAAGAGUUGGGACCGGUACGGCGCGUUGUCAAACUUUUCACCGCAUUCGAUCGUCGCACCGAAGAGCUGGCGCGGCGUCGACGCCGUCGACGGCGACGACGAGGACGUGGAGUGGCCCACAGUGGAGCACUUCUACCAAGCGCAAAAAUUCAGCGGCGUGGACGCGCCCGCGGCGAGGGACGCGAUGGAGCGGAUACGCGCGGCGGCGUCCCCGGAGGAAGCCGCGAGGAUCGGCCGGACGUCGCAGAAGCACUGCCCGGAGCUGAUUCGCGCGGACUGGGCCGCGCAGAAAGAGGGCGUCAUGCGCGCGGCGUUAAGAGCGAAACUUUCGAGGCACGACGCUCCGCGGGCGCUUCUCGUGGGGACGAAAGGGAAGGACGUCCUCGAGGACUCGCCCCACGACGCGAUAUGGGGCGUCGGAAGAGACGGCGGCGGCGGGAACUUACUCGGGAAGAUGCUCAUGGAGCUCAGAGACGAGUUGACGCGAUAG